AUUUAUAAAAAUUCUAUUUUAUUGAUGUAGUAGUGCGCGGAUACGAAGGACUAGCAAGUAUUGUGAAAUAUAAGUAAUACUUAUCGUUGUUUUAUUUUUUUAUUUGUUGUUAUUUUGGCUUUAUUUACUUAACCGCAUAAUUGAAACAAAAACUGUUUAUAUUGCUGAAAAUAUAUAUUUACAUGCAGAUAAAGUCAAUAUGAAUUUUUCUCACCGUCGAUGUUCUCGCUCGUCAAUGUUUACAUUACAUUAAAUGGCUUUAAAUUAUGAGUACAUUCAAGUUUCAUUCAUUCAUUACAUUCAUUGUUUCUGCAACAUUUUGCGAGAACAGAUACAUUAGCGGCAGCAGUUAUGUUUUUGCUAAAUGGACACCCUGCGGAAGGCGAGUGCCUUUCGUUACAUGGAAGCCGAAUGGUUACUUCGCUUAUGGCCAAAUAGAAGACAUUGGGUGUGGAGCAACUCGCAGUCUCCAUUAGCUAAAACUCCGCACAAGUGCAAAUGAAGAUUGCAUGGGGAGGGCCUGUCGUUCCCAGUCACGCAACAAAUCAACGAGUAGUAAGUAGCGAUAAGACCAUUCCCUAACUUGUUUUGCUAUUUUUGCGUAAUCCGGCUGGCUGGCCCUGAGUCUUUCUUGACUUGGCCUCCUUUCCCUGCCCGCCUCUCUCCACCUACCAUUGUUUUGCUCAUUGUUCGGUUCAUAUAAAAAUCAGUAUUUAAAUAGUGUAUUAAACCUAGUUUUUUGUCAUUAUACUGCAGCAAGUCCCCAAAAGCAGGAAUUUGCUUUUCUUUGACUUCCGAUUGAACGGCUCAGUCAUAACAUUUUGGUGGCCCAUGAGGGGAACUUCUGUGAUUUAAUGAAAUCUUUUUUUAACUGCACUGGAGGCAAACGAUCGGUUUCGGUGGAUUUAUUAACAAAGCCCAGCUUUCUGCAACACCACGCUUCCUCUCUUCGAUACGUUCAUAUUUUACAACGGAGCAACGGUUCUGCAAACGACGGACAGAAGGAACACGGACUAUCGACAGAUUCUGCCCAUAUAACGGACUAAAAGAUCAUGGGCAAAGAAGAUAAAGUUGGUGUUUCGGAUUCCGUUUCCGAUGUCUUCGCUGGCCUUUAUGCGAGGAAACUGGAUUUGAUUGAGAGGUUAACGCAAUGUGAAAAAUCGAAGCAUUAUUUUGCUCAACGCCUCAGCACUUUGGAGGACGUAUCAAAACGAUUCCAACCACAGCAAAUUAGUGGACCAGCUUUGCCCACAGCUACAGCCAUAUUUUUCCACGCAACUAAACAACCAGUUUGCCGAAGAGGACGGAUUUUUUGCAGCGUCUCGGAAGACUGCGAGAACAAAUUUCAAACAUCUCCUCCAAGGUCCAUCAGAGGCUUCAACACCGAAGUCAGCGUUGCGCCAAACAUUCCGAUGCCAAAACUUCCCGUCCCUCGUUUCACAGGCAGUUUUACUGACUGGCCGUCUUUCUUCGACAGUUUCUCUCAGCUGGUGCAUGAGAAUGCCUCACUUUCCAGCAUUAGGAAAUUCUAUUUCCUGAAGCAAGCCUUUCCAGAAGGACGGGAUCAAGACGUCAGCCACAUGGCGUUGACGGAAAAUGGAUAUGUUGUUGCCUGGGAUGUCGUCGUCAAACGCUGUGACGUUCCUAGAUGGGCUGCGCUGGGUUCUCAACCUGACAAACGUCUGUAUCAGCGAUUUUCAUCUUUUAAAACCAAACAUUGCUUCCUGCGACCACUGGUUAGUGCACCACCUACUCACAAAACUCCCUACAACUACAACGCAAGGAAGCAUUCUAUGGAAAGCUGCGUCGCGAUUCCUACCUUCUUAAUGCUAGAGAAAUUUUUGCUGGAGCGUCUAAUCAGCUUUGACUUAAUCCAGAGUCGCUCUCAGCCUAUCUCACCACGACACCGUCUUCAUUCCCAAGGGCAGCCAGCAGACCACUUAACAGCGCCACUCACAGAAACCACAGUUUUCAUGUGAUCACCGACACUGGAACCACACGGUGUACGCUUUGCCAAAGGAAUCAUAUUUUGAGACGAUGCCCAGAAUUUCUUGCCAAGGACUGCUUUGCUCGUAAGACGAUCGCGUCAAGGCAUGCCUCAACUGUCUCAGCUCGGCCCACGCUCUUAGCCAUUGCAGCAGCUCUCGCAAUUGCUUACAGUGCGGCCAAUGACAUCACACGCUGCUACAUUUUCCAAGUGGAGCACAUAACCCAGCUCUACCGCGACAUCCAACUGCCAAUGGUUUCCGUACGAUGCAGGGCAUCCAACAGAACGCAGCUUACGGCUCAUCUGCUCCCUCUUACCUGCAGAGCGCAGCUUACGGCUCAUCUGCUCCCUCUAACCUGCAGAGCGCAGCUUAAGGCUAAUCUGCUCCAACAAAAACGCAACUCCUCAGCGCAGUUGCCAAACAACGGAGUCCCUCCGCAACGAUCCUUGCUACCGCUCUAGUCCGAAUUGUCAACAACAGCACGGGACAAUCAAUGUUGACGAGGGCAUUAAUUGAUCAUGGCUCUGAAGCAACACUCAUUUCACAGAACAUUGUACAGAGUCUGGGCCUUGCGCGCCGUCUUACGUCAGCGGAAAUAAUAGGAAUCGGUGGCUCUUCUCAAACCAAGAGUCGACACAACGCAGAAGUUAUGAUAAGUUUGUGCUCCGGGUCGCACUUCACGACUUUCGUGUCCAACGCUUUUAUUCUUCGCACCCUGACAGGACUUCUUCCGAAGCGGGACAUUAACAUCAACUUGUAUCGAUACCUGCAAGGAUUGCAGCUUGCUGACCCCAAUUUUACCCGUUGUGCACGUAUAGACAUAGUAAUAGGUGUUGAUCUUAUCCCACAGGUAAUGCUCCCGGAGAUUCGACGAGGCAUGCACGAGGAUCCCAUCGCACAGAAUACCCUCUUAGGUUGGAUUGUCUUCGGGCCUGUCAUGUCUCCCGUGUCACAAACAGUCACCGUUCGCUGUAACGUAACAAAUCUAGACGAUAUGGUGCAGAAGUUCUUUGAAUUGGAUCAAGUUCCCACUGAACGCCAGCUCACUCCUGAAGAACAAGAUAGCAUUGAAUCGCUUCCACGCCAUGGAACGGAAACUUCAGAAUAAACCUGAUUUUCACCAACAACAUACUCGCACAGGACAUAACUUUAAGUGAAGAAUAUCACACUCAAGCAAUGCGAAUGGACAACUACUUGUCUCCUGCAGCACAAUCCCACAUCAUUCAGUCCUAAAGGAAGAAAGCCUUACCACUAAACUCCGAGUAGUGUUCGACGCUUCCUGCUGAAGCUCCAAUGGAGCUUUUUCGGUACGUGUUUGUGGCUGAUAUUCAAUAGAUGUAUACAUGCAUUGCAAUGCAUCCAAAUGAUUCUCAAUAUUAGCGGAUUUGGUGGCGCGAUUCCAAUGGGGAAUUAAAGGAAUUUUGCCUCACGACAGUCACCUUCGGAACCGCAUCAGCACCAUACAGUGCCAUUUGUAUGAUCCACCAGAUCGCCAAAGACAAACGCCAUAACUAUCCUCUCGCGGAAAAGAUAUUGCAACGGGAUAGAUAGAUAUUGCUCUUCAAAUACGGAAUGAUGUCAGAUCAGCCCUCAGUUCUGCUGGCAUGGAGCUCCGGAAAUGGGCAUCGAACCAUCCAGACCUACUUCGUGAUAUUCCCAAAGCAGAUUUAUGCAACAACUCUAUCUUUGAGGUAGACAACAACGGCGCCAUUAAAACAUUAGGAUUGUACUGGCAAUCCAGCAACGACGACUACGGAUUUAAAAUAAACUUCACAAUUAAACCCACAAUGACUAAAAGAUCGCUUUUAUUCACCGUAGCACGUCUUUUCGAACUUUUAAGUUUUUUUAGCACCCGUCAUCGUCGUUCUACUAAAGGAUGUUUGGAGCUUUCGCCUUCAACAAGGCGAUGGUACACAAGGUAUACUUGAUUGGGACGAUAAUUUGUCAAAUUCGCUCGCCGAGCGUUGCCAGCAGUACAUCGAUCAUCUUCCAUACGUACAACAGAUUAAAGUACCACGUUGGUUUGGUUUCGACUUAAGCAAGAUUGUUUCUCUUCAAUUGCAUAUGUUCUGCGAUGGAUCAUUAUCUGCAUAUGCAUCGUGUGCGUACCUCAGGGCGGUGUGCCUGGAUGGUACCGCGACCACAUCCUUAAUGGCAUCACGCAGUCAUGUCACUCCAAUACUGAGAGUCGAACUCUCUGGUGCCGUCCUUUCCACUAAACUGGCAGUAUGCUACACAGAAGAAUCCAGCGGAUUGUGAAACUCGCGGCUUAACACCAGCACAGCUUGCCCAACAUAAGCUAUGGUGGAACGGACCAGACUGGCUACAAAGAACUGGCUACUGAAAAUCAGUGGCCCACUCUCAAACUCAUGUCUCCAGAACCGGACAGCGUAUUAAAAGAACAGGUUCGCUCAUAGUACUCGAUGCGAGGGAACUGUACGCCAAAUGGGACCACUACGAGUGUCUACUAUAGUUUUUUUAGUGCAACGCGACUCAUUUGCUGAUGAUUUGACGAAAUUACAAACUUUGAAAGCACUCUUCAAGAACAAUAAGCUCAGUCAAUUAUCUCCCUUUAUUGACGACGACGGUAUCAUGAGACUGCGGGGCCGGCUUAGAAACGCGUUGCACAUCAUCACUCAGCAACGCACGCCCAUUAUUUUACCCAAGCUGCAUCAUUUUACAGACAUGGUCAUUAGAAAUGCACAUCUGAGCACGCAGCAUGGAGGAACACAACUCACUUGGGCGGUCACUCAGAAGCAGUUCUGGAUAGUCAAUGGCAAGCAAGCAGUCAAAAGACUGCUUCGCCAGUGUGUGUCUUGCUUCCGACAUCGACCUUCACCCUCCAGACAACUAAUGGGGGAUCUACCAUUUCCCCGGGUCAACCCGCCGAAACGAGCUUUUGAAGCUACAGAUGUGGAUUACACAGGAGCCAUCGAAGUCAAGGCCUCCAGGCCUCCAAGGUCCCACCACCUACAAGGCCUACAUCGUGUUAUUCAUCUGCCUAUCUGCGAGUAAAGCUAUCCAUUUGGAACUGGUAACAGGACUCACAGCACAACAUUUUCCGUGGGCACUGCAACGCUUUAUCGGUCGACUUGGGCUUCCAACGCACAUCUACAGCGACUGCGGCACUAAUUUUAUUGCAGCGGACAAAUCGUUACAGUUAUGGAGCGAGAGGUUCCGCCAGGACGUUAACGAGACGGUCAUCCAAGAGCUCACUAAACGUAUGAUUCAGUGGCACUUUAACCCACCGCGCAGUCCGAGUUUCGGAGGACUACGGGAAGCAUACGUCAAAGCCGUUAAAGCCCAUCUUCAUCGCGCUUAUCAAGAUUUGCUGGUUUUCUACAAAUACGGAAGCCUCUCUUCAAGAAGAAGUUGAAAAUUAAAUUGACACUAUGAUCUUACAAAUAUCCCAAUGCAAGCACUUCCUCUUUUCAGGUAUUGCGAACAAUGGCUUAAUACUGGACCCAGCAUUGGGGGCGUCAUGUACAGUCGUUUUUGGAGUACCCUUUACCCGAAGCAGUUAAAAGUGGCCCACCCGCACUGCAUUUGUCCACCUCUGAAGAAGACUCCAGAAUAUUAACUUUGAAAAGUUAAUCUGAAUUUGGACAUCACGCGAUUGCGACCAUCUACUUUCAUACUUGCUGGCCGCGUUUAAAUCCGUUCAUAAUAACAUCCCCAACCAUUGUUUUGAGUCACUGUUCAAAUGAAGAUCAGUAUUUAAAUAGGAAA